UCCUCGGGCCAGCCGCGCAGGCGCUUUUGGGUCUCCGCCUCGCCCGGCUUCUUCUGCGCCGCUACCUCGCCGCGAGUUCCUGGUCAGUCUCGGCGGGCUGGCGAAGGAAGCGUCUCCGAAGAGGGUUGGGAGGAAGCACCGCCGCCCUCACGAUGAAGAUCUGGACCUCGGAGCACACCUUCGAUCACCCUUGGAAGACUGUUACUACAGCUGCUAUGCAGAAAUACCCCAAUCCCAUGAAUCCCAGCGUAGUUGGAGUUGAUGUUUUGGACCGUCAUGUAGAUACUAAUGGAAAAUUACAUAGCCACCGGCUGCUGAGUACAGAAUGGGGAAUGCCCUCAAUUGUAAAAUCGCUUAUUGGUGCUUGUAGAAUGAGAACCUAUGUUCAAGAGCACUCUGUAGUUGACCCAGUUGAGAAAACAAUGGAGCUCAAGUCUAUUAAUAUUUCAUUUACAAAUCUGGUGUCGGUAGAUGAGAGACUAAUUUAUAAGCCACAUCCUCAAGAGCCAGAAAAAACUAUUUUGACUCAAGAAGCAACCAUUUGUGUAAAAGGAGUUAGUCUCAGCAGUUACUUAGAAGGACUAAUGGAAAAUACAAUUUCUUCUAAUGCCAAAAAAGGACGUGAAGCAUUGGAGUGGGUAAUCAGCAAACUUAAUGCUGAAAUAGAAGAAUUCACUUCUUCAGCGAGAGGAAAUAUGAGAACUCCAAUGGCAGCAGCAGCCUUUGUGGAAGAAUAGAAGCUACACCAAGUUGUUAGGCCAGAAAAUUCAAAAGGAACACUUUCAAGCUUCCUCAAAGCUGGAAAUAUUUAUUCUUAUACUAUUUAAAAAUAGAUCUGUAGUUUAGAUUUUUAAAUUAAAAUUUUGGAGAGAACGUGCCUAAAUCUGUACCUGAAGGUAACAUUCAUGACUUUAUGUUGAAUUGUACAUUCCUUAAACUGGACUGCAGGCAUUCAAGACAGUUCGUGUGAUUGUAGAAUAUAUUCUGGACACAGGAUUUUGAGUAGUUUGUUACAGGGCUUGGCUUUGAAGAACAACAACUAUUACUUGAACUAUGAUCUAAAGUGCUUUUUUAUAGGCUGUUUUCGUGAAAGUUACAAUUUGUUGACCUGAGAAGUUUGUUAUUUAACAUUCAUGUUUACAGAAGCUCCAUCAUUUUGAAAACUAUUCUGAACGUAGCAGAAAUUGCGUGCUAUGUAAUUAGACAGGAACUAAAAGUGGCUUAACACAAAAUUUUACAAUUUCUGUUUUUCAAAGUCUCUACUUGGUAAAGAUGGUUAAAUUGUUGAACAAUGCAACUUGGUGAACUUAUUCAUUUUGGUCUGACGUUUUCUAAGAAUCAGAAAUUGUAUAAUAACUACAUUCAUAAGUAGAAAUCACCCCUCCCUUUUAAAAUGCAUAAUCAUGAUUUAUGUACUCCAGACAACCGAAGUCUCUUAAAUUGUAUUUCUUUUUCUUUACACACACGUACACACAUUUUGUUUUGUUCCUUGCUAUAUAUCCAUACUGCCCUACCUUCUAUCUACAGAAGUCUAGGUACUUCAGAGCAAAUAUAUCUAAAUUCCACAGGUAAAAGAAUAGUUCACUUCCAACCUCAAAAUCUCUUUCUUCACAGGGGAGUAUUUAUAUAUUCAAAAACUGGAAAACCCAAAAGGGUUUUGUGUCUGAUACAGGUACAAUGUAAAAUCAAAGUAUCUUUGAUGAGCAGGACAAUAAUAGAACUCUGGUAUCUGUCAUAUAUGACAAGAACUAAUGAGUUGUCGACAUAUCUUAAUUUCUGAAUUCUGAUUCCUUUAAUACUUUCAUCUGUGGUGUUUAGCAUGGAAUAUUUUGUUCUUAAUGUCUGUAUAUACUACAAUAUGGACCUGAAACUAGUUUUAAAAGUUAACUUUUCAGUAGAAGGUACUGAUUCUUGUGAGAUGAGGUGUGCUUGCAAACAUUUACUGAUGCUUUUAAAUGUUAAAAUAUUUUUCUACUGGAUUAUGUUUUGUCCUUUUCAUUUUUACGAAUUGCAAAAACAUUUUAUAGAGACAAUGUUAUUAAAAAAGGUUAAUGUUUGCUACUCUAA